GCGCUGCCGCUCGUGCGCAGGCGCAGUCUGUGGCGUUUUCCCCGACAGGCAAGAUGGCUGCCGUCAGGAUGUGCUCGACUCUCAUGACGUUUUUACUUCUCCACGUUUUUUACGGCCUCGUACCUGCUUUGUACUUCCACAUCGGAGAAACGGAGAAGAAAUGUUUCAUCGAAGAAAUCCCAGAUGAUACGAUGAUUACCGGCAACUACCGGACCCAGCUUUACGACAAAAACAAGCAAGAAUAUCUACCGGCUACUCAGGGUCUGGGCAUGUUUGUGGAGGUCAAAGACCCCGAUGAGAAGGUCAUCCUGUCUCGACAGUACGGUUCCGAAGGGAGGUUCACCUUCACAUCUCACACGCCAGGAGAGCAUCAAAUCUGCCUGCACUCCAACUCGUCUAAGUUCUCCCUCUUUGCGGGGGGGAUGUUGAGGGUUCACCUGGACAUCCAGGUGGGUGAGCACACCAACAACUACGCCGAGAUCGCCGCCAAAGACAAACUGUCGGAGCUGCAGCUGCGAGUCAGGCAGCUAGUGGAGCAGGUGGACCAGAUUCAGAAGGAGCAGAACUAUCAGAGGUUCCGAGAGGAGCGCUUCCGUCAGACUAGCGAGAGCACCAACCAACGUGUCCUGUGGUGGUCCAUUGUGCAGACCCUCAUCCUGGUGGCAAUCGGCAUCUGGCAGAUGAGACACCUUAAGAGCUUCUUCGAGGCCAAGAAGCUGGUCUAAACGCCUCGCACGCAAGUUACUUCAGCCCGUUUUUUGAGAUUAAGGCUUUCCACAAGGACUGAAACAAAUGUGAAGCGACUCGACACGUCGGGCGCUGUGGCCUUUUUAUUGGUGGAUAUCCAAAAAAACCAACAACAGGAUUUUUUUUUAACAGCGAAAAGAACGAGUUACUGAGUCCGGUGUGAAUUUCGGCUGUUUUUAAUAUCGUCUACAUUUCAAAGAAUCUUUGCAGGCGCUCAAAUUUCCAGUGUUCACUGUCGAUUUUAGGGUUUCGUUUUCACAAGAAGCUUUGGUGAUAUUUUUCAGUACACACUGUGAGGGUUUAGCCCCUAUGUUCAAUAUGACAGUGGUCUUUAAACUUUAAAUGUGUUUUUAAUGUUUUCCUUUUCCUAAUGACUUAAAUGAUGAUGAAAUAAAAGUUAAUUUAAACCGU